GUCAAUGGGUAUACAAUUAAUACAUGCGGACAAAAUAUAUGUAGCGCCGAAUAGGAAUGACGUCAGCGUUGAAUUUGAGCAGGGUAGACACUGUGACGUCGGUGCACCACAGAGUACAACUUGGAGUACAAUAUUGACAGAUGAACGGUCCUCCACAGGUAUAUAAACCGCUCGUUCAAUGGCCAUGUCCUCCAUUCCACUUCAAUCCAUAACCACAACACUUACUUUCCAUAUCCAUCAUGUCCAACGCUGUCCCCGCUCAGAGCGACAUUCGUUACGAGACCAGCGCUGCUUGGGCCGAGGCCGAGGCUUCCAACACUGAAAUUGCCCACCAAGUUGAUGACAAUGCCCAGAAGCUACACAAUGCUGCUGAAGACGCUGCUCUUAAGGCUCAACAUAAAUCGCCUGCUGCUGCAGUUGACCACUUGGAACGCGGAUUGAGCGACACCACCGACGCUGCCGCCGCCGAAGGCGCAUCCAAUGUUCAAAGUUACGCCGCGCAAGCCAAGGGCCUCGCAAACUCGGCUGUGAAUACUGCUCAGUCCUACCUCCCAUCCAAUUUCACCAGCACCGCCGGUGCCGCCGCCACUACCACGAAAGAAUACCUCGUCGCGGCUCAGAAUGCAGCCGCACCAGUGGCCUCCAAUGCCUAUAAUACAGGUCUGGCGGCUCUCCAGACCGCGACAACAACCGCGGCUCCGUAUGUCCAGAGUGCGACUGAAACCGUCUCUCGUACACUUAGCGGCACGGCGGCUGCGUCUACCCAAGCAGAAGCACCAUCAUCUGCAUCAGUACCUGCUGGCGGUGUUCCUCCGAAGACUGCGCCUCUCGAGUCCGGACAACACGUUGUCAACUCACCGUAUCCUCAGACGACGACUGGACAGUCUACGAAGGUUGGAGAGCUAUAGACGAGACCGCCUUCCAGUAGAACGCGGAGAAUUACCGUAAAUAUACCUGUAUUUGUAUUAAUAUGAUGAUGAUAAUACCUCGAGGUCCAGUUCGCCAUAACAAAGUUGAUGAAGUAUUUUUCAGCUCUGCGCUGUAUAGCACUCUCCGUCACUUCCAACCUGCAAAUAUCGGAUACUAAUUCCAAUCGUUCUAGCGUUGAAAGCACAUGUCCGGGUAAUACACUGCAUGAUCUUUCAACUUCCUUAUUCUUCCAAAU